UUUACAGUCUGACCAGCGGGGGGCAGAACCACUCAUCACACACCCCUGCAGGUACCUCCGUCCAUCCUCUGGUUCCCCUCCUCCUCUACAGCGACAGACACCUCCCCCUCUCUUCUCCGUACAACCAGCCAAUGAGCGAGCCUGUUGCCCCACCUGCUGACCCACCUACCUGUACACGCCCCUGUUACCACAGUAACAGUGUUUCCAGCAGGCAAGCGGUGAAGAAGCCUCUGAACGCCUUCAUGCUCUACAUGAAGGAGACGAGACACCAGGUGCUGCAGGAAGGUUGCGAGAAGGAGAGCUCCGCCAUAAACCGCAUCCUGGGACGCAGGUGGCACGCCCUGUCUCGCUCCGAGCAGUCCAAAUAUUACGAGCUGGCCCAGAAGGAGCGGCUGCUCCACAUGCAGCUUUACCCUGGAUGGUCCGCCAGGGACAACUACGGGAAGAGGAAGAGGAAGCAGAACCAGCAGCAGGGGGUCGGAAACUCUUCCAGGUCAGGGUUCAUCUGCAGCCAGCUUUAGUUCAGUAUCAAUCGUUUGAAAGACUUGAAACUCUGAACUCCACAUCUAUAAAACAUACCCAGUACUGUUGUAUAGUAACCAUGAAAUAUGGCACAUUUACACACUGGUUCUGUUUGGUAUUACAAUGAUAUUACAGGGUUCAGAACACUUUUAUUUCCAGUCAAAUUUGGUCCCAGGUUUGACAUCCUGUUGUUCACCGAGUCCACCGAGUGUAAAAUCAUGUGAUUAAAUUAAAUGUUUAUUUCCUUCAGAUUCCAUUUUAAUCUGCUGUCUCUACAUUAAAUGCUUUAAAUUUGAUUUGUGCAAUCCAGAAAAGACUCAAAGACUUUUAAAAGGACUUGGAGCCCUCCAUAGGCUGCUGGCAUGAUUGUGGCUCCAGAUUUGACUGCUUUUCUUCGUAGAGCUAAGAAUUAAAUUUCUUUGCGUAGACACAGUUUUCGUCUAUUGUCCCAGGCUACAGUCAGAAAAGUGGUGGUGACGCACCCUUCCUGUCAUAAAACAUCCCAAUCUUUGUCUGACCUGACUGUCAAUUCUCUCUUUGAGACCUUUGGGUUAUCCACGUGGGCAGCUCUCUAUUUUAGUGAAGCUUGAAGGUGCUGGUUCUGAUCCCUGUUGAUGUUAAACUGGUUUCACUAUGGAGUCUUCAUAGUGCAAUUAUAAGUUCAUGACAUCAUCAAUUUAAUUCAAAACAAUUUUAUUAUUCCCAAAGGGAAAUUAAAGGUUGUAACUCAUACUAUCCAGGUUUCUUCAGAGCUGAGACAGAUGGCUGCAGACAGGAUCUCCUGGCAAGGUCUUUAUUGCACCAGUCCUGAAGAAGCCUCUGACUGAAGACACUGUUAUUGUAUGACAGCCUGAUGAAGAGGACGCUCAGGGUUACUCAUUUUCUAAAACAAUCCUUCUUUCUCCAAUUAUCUUGAGGUUUUAGCUCCACCCAUCUCUAACUUCUCAACUCCUAAAGCUGAUUGGAAAUGUACGGCAACUUAAGG